AUGAUUGGAGGCAACGAGAACGACUGCAUGAAGAUGGUGUUGCAACAAACCAGAAUGUGGGCCAAGAAAUGCUUAAAUGUAGGUAAUGGGAAGAGGGUAGCUGGCACUGGUUCGCUGUGUUCAGUGUUCCUCAAGUGUAAACAAACAGUUGUGGCACUGAAGGAGUUGACCCUUUACCUCAAGCAAGAUAUGCCAGAUAAUGCCACCAAGAGGACCAGUACAGUUGCCUUCAUAAGUUUGUGGACCUUCGCCACCGUAAUAGUUGCUGGAGUCAUGUUUAUUGGUGGAGAGAUUGCACCUACUCCUUGGACACAGAUCACAGUGCGAGGCACUAAGUGUGUCGAGUCACCAGUUAAUGGCUGGUACUUCUCAGAAGGAAAACACAGCUGCCUUAAUGAUUUUGACUCUACCGGCAUCAAGACGACCAGUCAUGCUGAUAAUAUUUACUACACGUUUCAGGUUCCUCAGGUAAAGGGCAGUUCAGUAUCAGGCUUCUCCCGAUGGCAGUGGAGACUGUACGGUGUGCUGCGUCUACGACUGCUGCUAAAUGAUGGUCACUUAUCGAGGCACAGUAAUAGCUUGGUCCUUAAGUCUCGCCUUGGGUACAUAAGUGACGACGACCCUUAUAACCCAACGCUGAUUGACACAAACUACCAAAAACGGAAACUAUAUUGUAGUUUUAUAGAGAAACACAAGUUUGAUGGAGAGACAUACAACUGUUCUCCUCAGGUGGUGUUCGUCCUGUACUCGCUAUACCACGACCGCUACCUCAUCAACAUGAUGAUUCCUCACCACAGAGACGACACCAACGAAUGGAUUAAUCGAAAUUUUGGUCGUGUUAAGGAUGCGUAUAUAUCAUUUUUCAGUCAGGCCGGCUGGUACACAGUGAUGCUGGUGUCGCUACAGACAAUCUUCUUGCCUAUCUUGGCCGUUGUCUUGUGGAGGUUCCGGAAAUGUGUGAGUGACCUUGAGCGACCUCCCACCCACCUUGAGUGUGUCUUGGCACUUUUGGCUGUUGCUAUCACUAUCAUGAACUGUCCCUUGGAGUUUGUAGCGCUCAUUGUCAACUAUCCAUGGCUGAUAGUAGUGAAUGAUAUUCGACAUAACUUUUUCUAUGCUUCGUUCAUGACUUUCUUCCUGUACCUUACUGAUAAACAUCUUAAGCCUGGUGUAUCAUGUCCACAUGCAAAAGAAGCCAUAAACAUGAGCAUCAGGAUUGGCAAUCUGGCAAUCUUGAUCGUGGACAUAAUAGAACACAUCGUCAUCAUUCUGCAUCCAUUGGCUGUAACUUUUGAGAGUAUGCACUUCAGCAUGUCUAUGCUCUUUUUCUCUAUGCUGGGUUGCUACCUCACCUGCAUCACUGUCAGGACCUGCUCGGCUUUGACUGCCAUCAUAAAGAAAGGUCUUGUACAUGAGGAGGAAACAAGAUGUCAGGAAAUGGUAGUCCUUAUCAUCACCUGGAUCUGCUUCUUUAUGACUGCUGCAGAUUUUAUCAUCAAACGUCUACAUGAUGGCAUGUGGAUGUGGGACUACCGUUUAGGGGAGUUGGAAAUCAAAAACACAGGAGGAUAUCAGCUAGGUGUUUACUGCAUGUGGAAUGUCUUCACCUGUGUUUUAUUAGUAGUCUACACACCUCUCAGAAAACCACCACAACCACAAGGCAGCUUGGAAAUGGCUCGAGUUGUGGGCGUGCCUCUGCAAACCCGACAGUCUCCCUCCUUUGUAGACUUGAGAGUCACUACAUUAUGAAGUCCCACUCUAGUAUAGGAUCAUCAUAGCUAUCGUGCCCUUCUAUAGUAAUUCACAAGUGGAUUUGUGACCAUUUUGAUACAAGUUAAUGGUUCAUUAAUGUUGUUGAGCCACUGUUCCUCCACAUCAAUGCCAGAAUGACAAGAGUUUGCAAGAGGAGCAUAACGUAAAGACUUGUGGCAGCUUGUUUACUAUUAAUAUGCAUAUCAGAUGAGAGAUCACUUGGUUCUUUCUGAUAUGGUGAAGCUGUUUGUUGGGUCAGGAGUUAAAUCAUCCCUAAGGUAUGUGCUAGUGUCCUCAUAGUUUAAACCAAAGAGUAUAUUUUGGACAAUCUAAACACACUCUUCAAGUUUCACGUCCCAUCGGUGAAUUGUUUCUUUAUCGUAUAUUAUAACUGCCGUCAGACUUUAUUUUUUGCUUAAUUAUGAAAGUUUUAUCCAGUUACUUAAGUUUCUAAUAUUUAUCAACUUCUAAUGAUUUUAACUGUAUUCUGUAGGAUAUAAUUUAUACUGAUAUGUUUAACAGUAUUAUCCAUACAGUAUUGUUGUUACACCCGAGCCCCAUCUUAACUCCUCAUUAACUUAAAAGAAAGAAACAUAAUUACGCGGCAGCUCUUGUGUUACCAUGAGGUACACCCUCUCCAAAAAGUAUCUUUACCGAGAGGUCCGAUGAAUUUUCAAAAUGAACACCGCGACUUCUGUUGUCUCGGUAGGGUUGUCAGAAUUCUUCGUCCAUUGUGUCCUAUUGUCUCGCACAAAAUAGUGAAGAUACUUUUUGGAGAGAGUACAGGUAUACAGUAUUAUAUAAAGUAAUUACUGUAGUUAGUAUCAUAAACGACAACAUCACCAACCUUUCAUCUUCUCUCCAGUAUUAACUUCUUUACAUGUCCAAAUAUUUCCAGCCACUGAAUACAGUGGCUAGUUUGUCAUACAGUAUUAGGAUUUGCAUAACAUAUUUUGGAGAUGUUAGUUUGUUACUGGUGUUCUACAAGGUGUGAUGGUAUUUUUUACUCAAGCCACAUUUGAUGAAGCCCAGUUGAUUAUGUAGGUACAGUAUAUAAUGUAGAUGAUAUUUAUACAGAGCUUUAGUUUUUCAUCCAAUGCCUCCACCUGGUUAUUGCUCACUCUGGGGGUUGUCAUAUGAAACUUAAGAUGAAUCAGUGUUGUGUGUCCUCGGUGAUUACUCCGAUUGAAAAUUAUAUCAUUGACGAUGGUUUGUAACACAAGUACCGCGUACAAAGAGUCCCAGUCUGGAGCUACGACAGCUAGAUGGGUUCUGUAUCUCGGCAGUCACGUUUUCCAUGCAUAUUAGAUCAAACUCAGGUCAUCAAUUUUAUACUUAUACUGUAUUUUGUCAUUGUCUGCCACUGAGUAUUGAGAGGAGAUGCAGAUCACAGGACUUAUUCUUUUAUUUUUUGCUUCCUGGGGCAUGAUGUAGGAAUCCAAUGACUGCUUUUGCUGCCAGCCCCACCACUGCCAAGAACUGGCAUGUAUUCUCGCUCCUUGGAGUACUGUAGAAAAGUUGUUAAAAUGCCUUGGCAGUGUUAAUAACUAUAGAUAGUGCAGAUAGCUGUACUAUUGUAUCUGCUGUAUUUUGGAUGAGUCCAAAUUUUAUGUGGUGCUGAACCUUUUUUUAAGUAUAGUAGUGAACCUUUUUUAACUGUAGUAGUCCAUAACUCACCUGUAAUUAAGAGAAUCACAGCUCUACCUAGGCAGCACAUUUAAUUUUAGUUGAUGAUAAUUUUGCUCUGGAGUUCUUCAGUGAAGGUCCUCGUCGGGCACUGGUAUUAAGAGGUAGCGGGACAAAGUGGUGAUCUCACUAGCUAGGGCUUAAUAUACGUUGAUCCACUUGUUUCCAUAUCUCUGCCUGUUAUCACAUCUUAGGUAACUGUAGUUUCAGGAUGUUUAAACUUGUUAGAAUCAUUCAUUGGGUCAUUAGGCCAACAUUUUCCUUGUAAUUACUAGUACUGUACUUUACUUCUUUUUUCUGUAGUACUGUAUGCUUUUCAUGUUAAAACUGUUACCUGUUGAUAUUCUUCAUAUUAUAUUAGAGGAUUUCACCUGUCUUACCAAAGCUUUGUCUUAGUGUAAAAAAAAUGGUCAAGUUAUAUUUCAAUUAAGUUAUUUUGUCUGUGUUUGGCAAGAGUUGUUGCUCUGCCUCCAGGAUGACACUAAACCUUAGUGAGAAGGAAGUGAGUGUUCUGAUGGUGGUGUACAGAAGCUUCACUGUCUGUACACAAUGAUCUUUUGUGCUGUGUUACUGUACUUAAAGAACAUUGUAUAGUGCUGACCAAUUCACUCUUUCUUGUCUAUAACUAACCCUCUGAUAUUAUGUAAAGAUGUUACAACUUGUUGAUGACUCUUGGCUUUAGUACAACUUGUUUCUUCUGAAACUCAUACGAGGUACAGGUAUGGAUAUUGUAGAUCAGGGAUUGAUCGUAUCGUUGUUGAUGGUUUUUGUGUACAGUAUACAGGUAGUGUAUCAAUUAUCUGUUUCUUUCAACUCCAGCCAUUCUAACCCUUUUGAUGUCAUAAGAGAUUUGAAGGGAGAUCCACAAGAGGUUUAUAUUGUCAACCCAACAUGUAAAUGUUAAUAUUUUUAUUUAGUUUUCACUUCAUAUGACUAUGAAGUUUAUAUACAGUAUUUCACACACGAAUUUCAUGAAAAAAUAGACAUUAUUGCAAAAUGAAUUGACUUUCUUAUGGUAUUUUCAAUCAUUGAUCAGUUCAGAGACAUCAUCAUCAUCAUCAAUAAUGUUUUACAGCUAUUUUCCACACUUGUUUGGGUUAGCUGUUCAUAACUUAGAACUUAAUUUACAUUGAAAGGGAAUCCCAAAUUGACAAGUUGUGAAAGCAAUUGUGAUUGUUUUCCAUAAGAAAUGUCCUUAAUUAGGUCAUUAGUGUCAUCCAUUAUGUUAUUAAGGAAGAAUUUCUUCAUCCUUGGGAUCAGUCUCCCAUUACUGUAUAGCUUUUUUGUUAAUAAUUAUUCCACUUGUAUUGUUUUUUUAGUUAACAGUUUAUGAUCACAUGUUUUUAAUAACAAAAUCAUAUAUAUAUAUAUUUCAGUCUGGGAACUGUAUCCUCUAACCAUACGCAUAUUUCCCAUACUUUAUAUAAUAUAUUCUAUUAUGUACAGUAGGGGACAAAAGUUCGCUCCUGUGCUGAAACUGAGUCAAGGGAAUGAGUCUUCGUACUUACUCUACUGUCGUAUGGUGCGGUUGUGCUGUUUUAUCUAAUUUGGGGUUGAUACUGCUUCAUUUAGGGAAGGAGCAAACUUUGACCUCAACUGUAUAUGUACAGUAUACUCUAGGCUUAAUACCGUAUGGUAUAUUGUAUUGCCAAAAUUCUUAAAAUUCUCAAUUCUGGUUUGUUUCUUGUGUGAAGUUUAAGAGAUACUGUGCUGACUACACUACACUACACUACCUGUACAGUAUUAUGCCUGUCUGGCUCUGUAGUGGAAAGCUUCUGUUUAAAGAAGUCUUGCUUUUUUUGAAUUUUGCAUAGUUUAUCUCUCAGUACUCAUAUAUUUUUGCCUCAACAUGAAACGAUGAGGCUAUAUUAUGAGAGUGUCCAGAUGUCUGUCAGUUUAGUCAUUAGUCUGUCUCUAGAAAUAUAUAUUGUUAUGAUAAUUCCAAACCUUUAUAUUAGAUUUUGUUGAAACUCUGUAGGAUUGUUCUCCUUAAUAAAAUCUCAGAUGGGAUUACAUUUAAGUGACAUUGUGUGACCUUUCUGGGGUUUCAGGAUAGUAGUGAGAAGAUAUCAUAUUUUACAUUGUGGUUUGUUGGUCGUGUUGAGACAUAAACCAAUAUGUUUUAGUACUUGUUAAAGAUAGGGAAGCUUAAUACCUUUCAAUGGUUGUUAACACCCUUUGAUUAGUGGCAUCGAUGUUGUUGUUGUUGUUGUUGUUGUAGUACUGAGGUGAAAUAAAAGUCCCAGCGUAGGUAA